AUGAAUACAGAUGCUCCAUUGGAGUCGAUAAUCGGACAUUCUAGUAUUCACUCAACGUCAAAUAGACAUCCACUACUUUGGAAUCCCAUACUGAUUGGAUGCGGGAUUACGACUGUUACUUCAUGCUACAUUUUUUGGUCAUUCAUUUCUCCUGCAUUUCGGAAAAUCUGUUUACCAUUCUUACCUGCUACGUCGCCCCAACUAGAUUAUACAUACAAGCUUCUCAAGUAUGCACAAAGUCAAAAAAAUGAUAAGUCUUUAGGAUCUAUAAUUGAUUUAGGCAGUGGUGAUGGACGCGUGUUGAUUGAUUUAUUAAGUCGGCCAACAUUAAAAAUCACUUCUGCUCAUGGUGUAGAGUUAAAUCGUCCGCUUGUUUGGUAUUCACGUAUCAAACUCUUUUGUAGUAAUAAAUUACUCACUACAUCCAAAGUAACUUUCUCUUGUAAAAAUAUGUGGAAAACUAAUCUUUCUGUAUAUGAUACAGUCUUACUGUUUGGUGUAGAUACAAUGAUGGAAUCUAUCGAACAGAAACUAACCAAAGAAUUAAGUAAUGGUUCAAUCGUCAUUACAGCCAGAUAUCCGCUGCCUAAUAUUCAAGCAUCCAAAUCCAUUAUUGAUGGACCCCACUCAGUAUAUUUGUACAAAAUGUAG